AUUCCCCUUUUUCUAUAAACAAAAACACAUUUUAGUUUACUAGACGAGGACGAGGAAUUUUAUAAUUUUGUGAAUAUUUUUUUUUAAAUAAAAAUGCCUCUAAUAGUUAUUUCGGGUUAUCCAGCGAGCGGUAAAACAAGGAGAGCUUUAGAAUUACAGAAAUUUUUUGAAGAAAAGGGAAAACGUGUGCAUCACAUUUCAGAGAAUAAAGCCAUACCCAAGGCAGGUUUUCAUAAAAAUGUUUAUUUUGCCGAUUCCCAAAAGGAAAAGGUGGUCAGAAGUGAUUUGAAGUCGGAAGCUUUAAGGUUGUUGGACAAAGAAAGUGUAGUAAUACUAGAUGCGGGCAAUUAUAUUAAAGGUUAUCGUUAUGAAUUGUUUUGUGCCACUAAAGCGGCCAGAAGUACUCAGUGCACAUUGUUUUGUGGCAUACAAAAGCAGCGAGCUUGGGAAUUUAAUCAACAGAGAAAUGGUGUGGAAGUGUUGGAUCUAGCCAAAGUGGAGGAUGUUUCUAAACUGGACAACUCAAAUAUUCCUUACAGUCAAGAGAUAUUUGAAGGCUUAUGUAUGCGUUUUGAAGAGCCUCACGGUAAUUGUAGAUGGGAUAGUCCAUUAUUUGUCUCCUUUCCAGAUGAUACUUUAGAAUUUGAGGCCAUAUUUAGUGCUUUAUUUGAAUCUAAACCUUUGCCUCCUAAUCAGUCAACACAAAAUCCACCUCUAAGUUCUACUAAUUACUUGUUCGAAUUGGAUCGCUUAACCCAGGAAAUUGUUGGAAAUGUAUUGGCAGCCCGUAAAAUUGGCAUUAUGGGUCCAGUACCUGUUAAAAAUAGUGAAAUCAAGGUACAAGUACCGGCCAAUAUGAAUGCCAUACAACUAAAUAGACUGCGCAGACAGUUUCUCAAUUAUAGUAAACUCCACCAUGCUACCUCUAGUUCUUUGGAUAAAGUGCCUCAAUUAUUUGUGCAAUUUCUAAACUCCAACUGCGGCGAAAAUUAAAAAAUCAAGUGAAUAUUUUUACAUGUGCUCUUUUUUAAUAUAAAGUCUUUAUUUAUAUAAAUUUUUUAUUACUUAUUCUAGUUGCAUCUAAAAUUAAAAAUUCAUUUGUCUUAUUAACAACAUGAUUUCCAAUACAUUUCUUUGGAAGUCGUUAAAAAUCAAGUUAACAU